AUGGAAACUGGAUCUGUCUCGGCUGCGCCCCCGCCCCGGCAGCCCCGACGGCAGGACCGCGCGGCCGGGUGGCUCGCUUUGCGCCGCGCGGUGUCCGGUUCUCAACAGCAGGUGAAUGGGCCCGGGCGGGGCGCGCCGCGCACUGGGGGCGGGGCGCGCUCUAUAAAGGGGGGCGCCGCAGGCCGCGGGGGCCACUCGAAGCCGGUGGGGCCUGCGCUACCUCUUUGCGGUCCCGGGCACACCGUGCGCUUACCACCAGCAUCCUACAGUCCUCGGGGACCAGGCAGCCUUUGUUCGCGGCGGCGGCAGUGGCCAGACACCUGUGGGGCUGCGGAGCUGCCCGAGUGUAGGCAGGAGGCAAGGAGCGAGGGAGGGCGGCGAGACCCCUUGGGUCCAGAGCCGGCCGAGCUGGGCGAGCUGGCGGGGCUCCCAGCGUCUCCGCAGUCCCGGUCGGGCGUGCCCUGCGCUGUGCACCAACCGGAGCCACAUUCAAGCCCCUGCACCUCUGCGCUGGAGCCCGUGAGCCUCUCAGGCCGCGCCGUCCAGGGCACCCUGCGCACGGUUUUCCCGGGCUUCGGGGCCCCCUUGCCGCUCCUACCCUACCCCGCCAGCCGCGCGGAGGCUACUCCUCCUCAGGUGGCCCGGCCGGGGCCUUCCCCCCGCAGACCUGUCACCCGACACCCAGGAAGCGCGCGGCCCCAUCCCGGCUCCUCUUUGUUCCCCCGCCGGGCUCCGCGCUCGGGCGCCGCCUCCCCCAGCGUCGCGCUCUGGAGGUUCGGGGCGCCGCCUUCGGGGCGGCCCGGGAGCUCCUUGGGUACCGUCCAUCGGCCCGCUCCGAACCAGGGUGUCCUUUUUGCCUUGUUUCUCCGGUGUGGACUCCUCUCCGAGCAAGGAGGCGGCGGCGAGCCCAGCCCGGAGCCGGCUCAGAGCAGGCAGACCCUGCUUUCCCAGGGCCCCGGCCUGAGCUCCCCGGAGUUGAAACUGGAGACAUGCCGCAGGGCCCUGGCGCUUGACCCCAGCUGGGGUGGCAGUCGCAGCCCCACCCCAGCACUGCGGCACCAGGGCCUGCCGCAUUCCCGUUAG